AUGAAAGUUGUUCAUGCCCGGAUCAGGAACACCAGGACCACGAUUUCUCCUCCUUCUACCAUCAAAUUUGCUGCAAUGGACGAGCCUCAGUGCGAGAUAUAUGACCCUUUCGACAGCCUGAGCCCCUCUGAACGCUCAGAGACUAUGUCGAAGGCUCUGAGACGAGCUGAAGAACGCUUGAGUGGCGAUAACCAGCGGGUACUCAAGCGUGUACUGGACAUCAUUGCAAAGACUGACGGCGAUGAUGAGUUGCACCUCAACAUCUUAGCAACUCACCUGGACAAAUACUCCUCCGAAACAGUCUACAUCAGAACUCGUACCGAUGACCUCGAGAAUACAGAAUUUUGGGAUCCUACAAUCACUCGGUUUAGCGACUUUGAUCCAUGGGACUCCAGCGUUUCUUUCCGAGAUCCAAAUUCAGAGGAAUCAAGGACUUAUGUUGCAGAGUUCUUGAGGUUGCUUGAGUUGGCUGUGCGCACGAAUGCAUCUAGGGAUUUGCUCGGUGAUAUCGCAGUAGACAACCUGCGACUGCCAGCCGUGCGGAGGUCUCUCCUCUGCAAAUUUCGAUCGUCAAAGCCAUUGGACAAGAUCGAGCAAUUUUCGGGUGCCAGUUACGAAUAUUAUGUUGCUGCAGGCUGGAAAGUAGGCGAGAACUAUGACAACUGUGUCGUUUACUAUGCUCUCGCCCAACACGUCGGUGAACCAGACGAAUUCUGGAGGUGGAGAAUCUUUGUGAACAACUGGGGUAUCCAUGAGUGCCAAGGACCUUUUGACGACAUAUUCAGCUUCAUGGAUUGGUACUGCGACAGGUACAAUCAAGUGCCUUGGAACUGUGUUGAGAAUGACAUGAUUUUGGAGACUGAAGGCGAUGAGGCUUUGCAUCUGGACAUACUGGCAUCACAUCUAGACAAGCAAUCGAAUAUGGACGAAGAUGUCACAAAGUGGCCGGGCGAUAACGAGCAGUACCGCGGAAUCCAUACUCUAAACGACUUCAGGACUCACUCUGACAUCGGCAAGGACUCCGGCCUCUGCCCUUGGGAGCCCGGCACAAGCGAUCACAUUGCAGCAUUCUUGUUGGAGCUACAAACAGCUGUGCGCAGAAACGCAUCCAGAGAUCUAUUAGGCAGUACGGCGGAAACUCUCGAACUGCCGUCCGAAUUUUGCGAAUUCUUUAAGCAUACCGGUGGUGUGGUCUAUCCUAAUCUCGACAAGAAAAUGUUUGUCUGCGAAUUCGCGACAAAAGAUUAUGGCGCAAAUGAGCAGGCCGAGCCUCUGGAGAGAUUGCGCGAACUCGGGCCCUCGCAUGAGUUUGAGGUUGCUGCUGGUUGGAAGGCAGGCGAUAAUGACCAAAACUGCUGGAUUUACUAUCUCCUUUGUAGAGAGUUUGAUGAGCCCGAAGAGCCUUGUGAGCCCGAAGAGCCUUGGCAGUGGAGGAUUUUCGUCAACAACACCACUUUCCACGAAUUUGAGUGUCAUGAUAGCCUGCAUGAGUUCCUUGGUUGGUACUGCAAGCCCUACGAUUGGAUCAAAUGGGAUGCGGUUCAGAUGAGUGUGGAUGAACUUCAUCUGAAGUGCACAGAAGCUCUAGAAGGACAAGAGUGA